CUCUCUCUAAACAAACAUCUUCUCUCUCUAAACAAACCCUCCUUCUCUGUCCUCAAUGAGAGAUUAAGCAAGCUUCAUCAUCAUCAGCAGCAGCAGAUGGGAAAGUACAUGAAGAAGGCCAAGGCAACUGGCGAGGUCGCAGUCAUGGAGGUUUCACAAUCCUCCCUCGGGGUUCGCACCCGAGCCAAGACCCUAGCCCUAAGAAAACUCCAGAAAUCUCCGUCCUCGGCCCCCGCGCCGGCCGCCAGCUCGGGGGGCUCCUACCUCCAGCUCCGGAGCCGGCGGCUGGAGAAGCCACCGCCGACGAUCGUCGCCUCGAGCGGGAACCAGGAGGCGAGGAGGCAGAGGCAGGUGGCGAAAUUGGGAUGCGCGCAAAACCCUAAUAAUGGCGGGGCUAAUUCUGUUUCGAAUUCGAGCCCUAGCAGGGCCAGCCCGAGGCUCAGGGCGAGUCACGUGCUGCAGGAGGGGUCACGUGAGUCCGAUUCGGUCGAGAAAGCGGAGGAGAAGCCGAAGACGGCGGCGGCGGCGGUGGGUGUUAAUGGAGAGGAAGCACAUGGAAACGGCGUUAAUGGCGAUUUGGGCGUUGAAGAGGCUUCCUUUGGAGAAAAUGUGUUGGAGUUUGAAGGUAGAGAAAGAAGCACUAGGGAAUCCACACCUUGUAGUCUGAUAAGGGAUCCUGAUAUCAUUAGAACUCCUGGUUCAACUACGAGGCGUACUAACUCAGCUGAAACUAACCGGAGAAUACAGAACUCUUCCCAGAGACACAUACCAACUGCACACGAAAUGGAUGAGUUCUUUGCCGGAGCCGAAGUAGAGCAGCAAAAACAAUUCAUUGACAAGUACAACUUUGAUCCUGUGAGUGAUAAACCGCUCCUGGGCCGUUACGAAUGGGAGAAAGUUGAUUCCUAGAGGAGAUAAAAGUGUUUCCGCACAUUCUUGAUUGAAGCCUUUAGGAGUUUUUCUUUUUUGAGUAGCAGGAGUUAGUUUUUAGUUGUAAAAGGUGAUGGUUUUAUUUCCAUUUUCCAUCAUCCUCGUUUUACUUGUAAAGAAGUAGGGAGUAUCAAAGAUGUGUAGACUAGAGUACUAAUGGUCUGUAGCAUAACAGAGGUUAUGCAAGUACACAACAAAUACAAAUCACAAGUCCUUUGUCUAACAGAUCAUCUUAGAGGGGGGGGAAAAAAAACGAGGGUGUGAAGUUUUUUGGGUUAGGGUUCAGUCAGGUAGGUCAGUUUAUGUGGUACAGAAAUUACUAGUUUUCUCUCUCGUUGUACUGUAUUUCUUCCUCUUCCUUUGUCCAUACUUGUACUGAUGGAAAAAAAAAACUCGGAAUAAAACAAUGCCCCAUUUCCCUCUCCUCUCGAUAUGUCUUUUCCUUUAUCUUCUUAUGUUGUAUAAGCAGUUAAUUUU